GACGCAUCAGUUGGCACGAGUCCCGCCACGGUGAGAGCUAGUAUUUACUGGCGGCCAGUCAGCGUGCGUGCUACACUCAGCUCUUCGCAGAUCCAUCUCAAACCUAAAGCGCGCACCUACACCAGCGAGCGCACAUUCCUAUCAACAAAUCAGCUUUUUUUGUGAAAUUUCGAUAGGCGAAUAUUUGCGCGUGAGACUAGGUGGGGUUCUUAAACGGAUUAUUGAUCCCGUCGAAGUUGCAUCUACAACAAAUGAAUGCGGAUAUAGUCAGUAGGAAAUUGGAAUGAUCCUGCAGCGAGGAACGUUCCCAGCUUGAAUAUUCUACACCAAGCUGUCCAGUCCACCACUCCCAAGAGGUCGGUGGUACGCAGGCUACUAUAUACCUACAAUAUAGGUAUUCCCGAACAGACAUCAAACGUUUCUCGACUACAAAACAAAACAUCGAGUUUUCUGACUUUCUCAUGAUGGGAAGCACUGUGGCAGACCCCAAGAGGAGAGACGUGAAGAAGAAGAGUAUAAGGAAGAGGAGAUCGCUUCGGUUGAACAUGCCCGACCUCAGUUCUUUUGCCAUGCCCUUCCUCGAAGGGGAUGCAGACCACGUGGACAAGGACAGCUCACACAAGGGUGAGGGGAACUGCAACUCUGCCAGCCCCACCAAGGGCUUCUUCACACGGGGGCCAUUCAGCCGGCCCUCCAGCCCCAAAUCAGCCCCGGCCAGGACCAAGACCAGCCCUGGCUCCCCCAAGACCAUCUUCCCCUACCCUCCCUCCUUGUCCACCUGCCACCAGGACUCCCCUCCCAAGUCCCCUCGUAGGUUGAGCUUCUCCGGAAUCUUCCGCUCAGCGUCACGGGACUCCGCCUCUUCUUCUACCUCCACCUCUCCCGUCAGCAUCAAGCUGUUCUCCCGUGCCAGGAAGGCGUCCAGUGUGUCCUCACCCCCCUCGACGCCCUCCCUGCCCCCCAAUCCGGCCUCCCAGCCUGCCCCCGCGUUCCCCCUGGAGUUGUAUCGAAGUGAGCCGGAGAGGCUGGAGGCCCGUCUGCGUUCCUACUCCUCUCCCCCAGACACAGGGCAGCGUUACAACCCGCACACAUCAUCCUCCAGGCCUCCCCACACACCUUACACCACCAUCGCUCCCUCGCGAAUGGUUUACGCUGUUGCUGAAGGCAUGCUGGAGAAAUUGGACCCUGACGAUGCUGCCGUUGAGAAAUCCGAGAGGGAUAUCUACAUGCGCUUCAUGAAGUCGCACAAAUGCUAUGACAUCGUUCCCACCAGCUCCAAACUGGUGGUGUUUGACACCACCUUACAGGUGAAGAAGGCGUUUUUCGCCCUCGUGGCCAAUGGGGUGCGAGCGGCCCCAUUAUGGGAGUCAAAAAAGCAAAGCUUUGUGGGUAUGUUGACCAUCACAGAUUUCAUCAACAUCCUGACCAGGUACUACAAGUCUCCAAUGGUUCAGAUCUACGAACUGGAGGAACACAAAAUUGAGACAUGGAGAGAGCUGUAUCUUCAGGAGACCUUCAAGCCUCUGGUGAACAUCACACCAAAUGCCAGUAUCUUUGAUGCGGUAUACUCCCUGAUCAAGAACAAGAUCCACCGUCUGCCUGUCAUCGACCCUGUUAGUGGGAACGCCCUCUACAUCCUCACACACAAGAGGAUCCUAAAGUUCCUGCAGCUCUUUGUGUGUGAGAUGCCCAAGCCAGCGUUCAUGAAGAAGACUUUGGAGGAGCUGAGUAUUGGGACGUACAGUAACAUAGCCUUCAUCCACCCUGACACGCCCAUCAUCAAGGCCCUCAACAUCUUUGUAGAGAGAAGGGUCUCUGCCCUUCCUGUAGUUGACGAAUCAGGGAAGGUUGUGGACAUCUACUCUAAAUUUGAUGUCAUAAACCUGGCCGCUGAGAAGACCUAUAACAACCUGGACAUCACGGUGACCCAGGCCCUCAGACACAGGUCUCAGUACUUUGAGGGAGUCAUGAAGUGUAACAGGAUGGAGACUCUGGAGACCAUUGUAGACAGGAUAGUCAAAGCUGAGGUCCACAGGUUGGUAGUGGUGGAUGAGAAUGCCAGCAUAGUAGGGAUUGUCUCUCUGUCUGACAUCUUACAGGCACUGGUGCUGACCCCUGCUGGUAUUGGCAGGAAGGAGUCAUAUCCGGAAAUGGGACCAAAAAUAGUGGAGCCACUGAUGGAAACGGAUGUAGAACCCGCAGAGACAACCGGAGAACUGGAGGGGGAACCACCUGCAGAACCAGAAGUAGAAUUACUUACGGAACCUUUAACUGAACCGGAGGAAGAAUCACAUGUGGAACCUUUAGCAGAACCGGAGAUUGAUGCACAGUUUGCUGAAGAUGCACUGACUGAAGAAAAGGCUGAGACUGCUGUGGAACAAGAGGCUGAGGCUGAGUCUAGGGUUUCUGAAGCUGGGGCUGAGACUGGGAAUGGAGUUGAUGCUGAAGCUGGGGUUGGGGAUGAGGUUGGGGCUAUUGGUGUGGAUGAGGCUGGGGCUGGGGCUGAGGCAGGGGGUGGGAUUGACGCUGGGGGUGGGGUUAAGGAUGUGGAUGAAUUAGAAGCUGUUGUGGAUGUAGAGGCUGACACAGAAGAACUACAAGAGACUGAGGCAGAGACUGAGGCAGAGACUGAGGCAGAGACUGAAGCAGAGACUGAAGCUAACAUACAUAUUGAUGCAGAUAGCAAAACAGAGGCAGAGGAUGAGCUAGAAGCUGAUAUAGAGGCUGGGGCAGAGGAUGAGCUAGAGGCUGAUAUAGAGGCUGGGGCAAAGAGUGAGUUAGAGGUUGUGGCAGAGACUGAGGCUCAGUGUGAGUCGGAUGCUAAGGUAGGAAGCGAGACAGGAGUUGAAACUGAGAGAGAAUCUGAGUCAGAUGCAAGGACCGAGACAGAGGCCGAGACAGACGCCGAGACAGAGGCCGAGAAAGAGGCCGAGGCAGAGACAGAGAGUGAGCCAGGCCUACAAGACGAGUCAGAGGUCCAGACAGAAGUAGCAGAGUCUGAUGUUAAUCUACAGCUGGAGAGUGAGGCUGAUGUAGAGAGCUCUGAGGCAAACACAGAGCAGAAUGAGGCAGGGGCAGUGUUAGAGGCAGAGUGACGUCAGAAUCAGGGACUCUCUGUGAUUGGUCAGACUUGACGUGAAGUUACGCUGCCGUGAUAGGAAGUAAGGAACAGGAUGGGGGUGGGUUAUAGCCCCCAGGCUAAUGUGGAAUUGGCCAGAAGGAAGGCUUGGAGAGUUAUGAUUGGUCAGGGUUAAUGUGGGGCUCUCAGAGACAGGUGGCUGAUAGAUAAAACUUUGUCAGGUUGGAAAGAGGGGUUACGUGGGACUUGUGAGUGAACCUAACAGGACUAGCUUCGGUCUCCCCCCUUCCCCUCAUCGUUACCCCCCCCCCCCUAUCUGAAGCACCUAGGAUAGAGUACACUGUCAUCAACCCUCCUUUAAUUCAGAACUAAAACCAGGUUUUACGUUGUGGUUGUUGGCAUUGCUUGAUUCCAAGCCUAAAAAGACAGGAUAUGUAAAUGAGGACCACAACCCAUGUCCAGACCCCAUCCAGUCCUCUCUGCUAUCUGCUCUCUGGGGAUCACUGAAACCGUGGAAUCAUGAACCUUCUUUUAAAGCCUUUUUCAGUUUUCAGUAGUGAUAUAGAAGUCUGUGGCUCUGUGUGUGGUCCUCUGUCCAGAUUAACUUUAGGGCUUGGGUUUCUGUUGAUGACAAUGGAGUCAAAAGGCUGAAAUGUUGUCAAGCUUGCCUGAGGAAUAUUCUAGAAUCAGCAAGAGGAAACUCUUGUUUCAGAUUCACAAACUACUUUAAAAAUAUUUAUAACAUGUUCUGUUAUUUCCUACCAUUGGAAAUACAAUAUCCACAAUCUUUAUUUGCACAGGGUUCUCAGGGAUCUAAGCAGAGAGGGGAUUAUGUGUUGGGAGAACCCUGUUUAAGACCAAUCCCCCAUAAUGCACUACUUCUCUAAUGUCAUGCUUGUGCGUCAUUGGUGCCUUUCAUUCAUCUUGUGGCCCACCAUCACCAUGUCUUGGGAGAGAAUAUAGAAAGGGAGGGAGAGUGCGUGUGUGAGUGAGAAAGAGAGGAAAAGUGUAAUUUAAUCUGAAUGUGAAUGUUACAGCAAACCAAAACCAUAGUCCAGCUAUGGAUGAUAUUCCCAACUGCUAAAUCAUCACUCAUAGAUUUAUUUGCUGAAAUCAAGAUUAUUUAAGAAUCAAAGUCUAUUAUUUUCAUGAUAUGUUCAUUAACUUGAGAUGAUGCUGUAAAGAUAAAGAUUUAAAGUUGUAUUUAUUUAUUUACUGACAAAUUUGUGUUUUUUGUUUUGAUAUCUUGAAGAUGGUGGAAUUGGAGAAGCGAUAACCCACCCUAUGUCAUAAUGCAGCCAGAUUUGCUGUAAAUGUACAAUGUGGACUGGAGGAAGACACUAACUGUUCUUUAUUACAUCACCCAAACCCAUUUGUUUCCAGGCCUUCCUGAGACAUGCAUGGGCAUCUGUUCUCAAACUGUAAAUAAAGACAAACCAUGUUUAAAAAAAAGAAAAGAUUACAGUAAAGUGAGAUGAGAAUUGAAA